CUGUCAGUUACAGUGUUCCCAUUGGUUACACUCCCUGUCAGUUACAGUGUUCCCAUUGGUUACACUCCCUGUCAGUUACAGUGUUCCCAUUGGUUACACUCCCUGUCAGUUACAUUCGGCUCUGGGUGAGUUUCUCGGGCUCUCUGGGUGAGGCGCUGUUGUUGGAGCUUCCUGUGCCUGCUAUUUCCUCGCUGCCGCCCAUUGCUGCUCUGUCUGGGUUGAUCCUGAGUCCGGUACUGAGCCAGAUCCCAUCCCUGAUCCCUCCACUUCACCGCACGCCAUGGGGACCUACGGACCGGCUAACGAGAAACUCCGGAACCUGGAGGAGAUCGAGAAGGAGAUCGCCAUCAUCUUGCAGACUGCAGCCAAUGUUAUCCUGGAAAUGUCGAAAGAGAAGCCAGCAGAGCGUAACCUGGAUCGCCACGCCCUGCAAUUCACAGCCUCUGUGCAGCGAGUCGAAAUGGAGCUGUCCAGCCAGAUCCGCUACCUCACCCAGGGAUUCCACGCCGGGAGAUUGCUUCCUGGAAACUGGGAGAGAAAUGUCAACGUGCCGUCUUCACGAAGCGAUCGAGAAACAAGAAGGUGGUUGUGUGUAGCCGAAAUAUGGUUCGUCGCGAAUAAGCCCGAAUCAGGAAUAUGGACACAUAUUGUGGAAAAAAAAAAUCUGAGUGAAUUUGAACUGGUUAACGACCGCAUCUCAAGGCAGGACACAGACAGCCGGUAAAGCCUGAGACCCGCCCAAUCCCUUGCAGAACAGAUUGCAUCGAUGGACACAUUAUAUUUUUCUAUUGGGCCAGAUCUGUGAGCAAAGCGCAAAGGCACUCAACCCCCCAGAAAAGUUCUCUCAAUGUACAGUGUCUGCAUCUUUGUUUCUACAAAUUAAGAUUUGCUAAAAUUAACAAUAUAUUUUCUGCGGAAAAAUAGUUACCAUAAUCAGAAUGACGAUGCCCUAUGGAGAAAAAAAGAUGUGCAUUUGCAUUUUCUGCAGAAAAUCAUGUGGCAUGUCUUUGAAACAAUUAGUUUAAUAACUACAGUGAGUAUUACAUUGAGAGCUAAUGCUGGCAUUAACUAAGCAUAACUAUUCAUUCUCAUUCCACUUCAGCUGAUCUAACUCUGCAUCCUCUCAUUUAAUACUCGUCUUUUGCUUGUGAAAUAAUUAUUCACUUCUGUUUUCACCAAGUGAGGAAUGACUUAAAUCUUCUCAUCUUCAUUGCCUUUAAGGUUCAUAGUCAAAGAACUGUUCAGCACAGAAACAGGCUCUUUGCUCCAAGUUGUCCAUACACCAGAUAUCCUAAAUUAAUCCCGUCCCAUUUGCCAGCAUUUG